ACUCGACCCGGGCCAGCCCCCUGCUGAGUCAGGAAGCAAACAUCAGUGUUCUUCCCCUAACCUCCAUUUCUUCGUUAAAACUUAAAAACUGUGGGUUUGACUCAGAAGAUGGCAGACAAAAACCACGAAGAGACAUUAAUCUCUCUUUUGAAAUUAUGCCCAUCCAUGGAUCAACUUCGCCAAAUCCAUGCCUGACCUAUAUGCACAUCUAUCAUACACCAUCCCUCCAUUUUACGACAUCUCCUCUCCUUCGUCGCCCUCUCUUCCCCCUCUAACAUGAAUUACGCUCGUUUGGUAUUUGCCGGAAUAAGAAAACCUGAAGUUUAUCUCUAUAACACCAUGCUCAGAGGCUACUCUCUCGGUGAAUCCCCUGAGAAAGCCCUCUUCUUCUAUAAACAUAUGAGGAAAACUGGUGUGAACACCGAUGCCUUUGCUUCCUCUUUCACACUCAAAUCAUGUGCAAAUCUUCUUGCCGUGUUCGAAGGAAAACAAAUUCGUUGUCGGAUUAUACGAGAUGGGUAUGAACCAGAUGUGUUCCUUUUAACUUCUUUGAUGGAUAUGUAUGCUCGAUGUCAUUAUGGUCACGAUGCGCAUAGAGUGUUCGAUAUCAUGCCUCGAAGAGAUACAGUUGUUUGGAAUGUUCUAAUCUCAAGUUUUCUGCAAAAUUCACGAACCAGAGAUGCGUUAAAGCUUUUCGAGGAGAUGGUAACAGAAGAUGCCCACCCAGAUAAUGUUACUUGCCUGCUUACUCUUCAGGCUUGCGCUAAUUUGGGGGCAUUGGAUUUAGGCGAAAGGGUCCAUGAGUAUAUAGACCAAAGAGAAUUUACAAAAGCCAUUAAUCUGUGUAAUUCUCUGAUUGAUAUGUAUGCAAAGUGUGGGUGUUUGGAUAAGGCAUAUAUAGUUUUUAGGGAGAUGAUGGAAAGGAACGUGGUCACAUGGACCACCAUGAUAUCCGAGCUCGCAAUGCAUGGUCAUGGGAGGAUGGCCCUUGAUGCCUUUGAUGCCAUGUUAAGAUCGGGGGUUAAGCCUGAUGAGCAUACGCACACUGGUGUGUUAUCUGCAUGCAGCCAUGCCGAAUUAGUGGAUGAUGGGCAUGCACAUUUCCAUGAUCUCAUUCAUGGCAAGUAUAAGACUGUGCCAAAUUUGCACCGUUAUGGGUGCAUGGUUGAUCUAAUCGGUCGAGCUGGAAUGCUGGAACAGGCCUAUGGGACGAUAAGCUCAAUGCAUGUCAAGCCUGAUGCGACCAUAUGGAGAACUCUUCUCGGUGCAUGUCGCAUCCAUGGCCACGCAUGUCUUGGUGAAAAGGUCAUGGAUCAUCUCGCUGACCUAAAGGCUCAACAAGCGGGUGACUAUGUUCUGCUAACAAAUAUCUAUGCAUCGAAGGGCAACUGGGAUGGGGUUGCAAACUUGAGAAAAGUGAUGAAAGAUGAUGGGAUUCAAACCUCACCAGGAUGGAGUUCAAUUGAAGUGAAUGGAGAGAUUUACAAGUUUGUGGUGGAUGAUAAUUCACACCCUCGAUCUAAGGAGAUUUAUGCAAUGCUUGAAGAGAUGGAAAGGCAAUUGAAGUAUUCAGGUUAUGCUGUGAACAUGGCAGCUGAGCUUCACGAUUCAGAUUUGGAGAUGAGGAGAAAGCUCUCUUACGGUAGUGAGAAGUUUGCAAUCGCUUUCGCACUCAUCAGCACACCUCCAGGAACGACAAUUAGGAUCACUAAGAACCUGAGGAUUUGUGUGGAUUGGAAUUCUGUUGCGAAGGUUCUUUCAAGGAUUUAUAACAGAGAGAUCAUAGUGAGAGAUAGAAGCCGGUUCCACCAUUUUAGAGAAGGUCUUUGCUCUUGUAACGAUUACUGGUGAGCCAAAUAUUGAACAACCAGUUGAUUGUCAAUCUUGGGGCUUGAUACUGAGCCAAUUAUAGGCCUACAAGGCUUUAUCUGGCUUGUCGGGUACAAUUCCUUAAAGUGAGAAGCAUCAACCAUGUAUUGGACGGUUUGAGCCAAUCAUCACAAUGCAUCUCUUCGAACAUAGCCAAGGACCAGAGCAUGAUGAGCAGUGAAUCAGACAGAAGAUACACCCCUGAAGAACAAAAGACUACUAAAUUUCAUGAUAGUCUGCCGUCCCUCUUGUUGAUGGUGCCAUACAAACACCUUAAAAGCCCAUGGAUCAUCUUUUGUUUUCAUCUUUUUUUCUGGAUAAGUUGGUGUGGAAUUUGAACGGGAGAUUUAGAGUUUACAAUCCUCAACACUGGGACCAAUCAGGCAAGUGCACGAACCCCAAAAAACUUCAAUCUUCAUGAACAUAUCCUCUAAGCGGUAACAGAGCAUUCCAC